AUGGGUUGUGUGAUGGAGGGGGGAGUGGAUCAGACUUUGGACCUUUCCGUCCACAAAGAAGCAGCACAGCACUCAGCUCUGAUGAAGGCGAUGUGGCUCAGAGUCUUCUUCACCCUGGUCUUCAGCCUCUGCGGCUGCCAGCCGGCAUCAGUCUUUCUGGAUCCAGAUCGAGCCCAUGGCGUCCUGGUCCGGACUCGGAGGUAUAACUCGGGCUGGUUCGAAGAGCUGCAGAUGGGAGAUCUGAAGAGGGAGUGUCUGGAGGAGAAAUGUUCGUACGAGGAGGCCCGGGAGGUCUUUGAACACACCGAGACCACGAACGAGUUCUGGACGACGUACAAUGUCCCAGACAACUGUAAAUCCAGCCCCUGUCUGAACGGUGGCAGCUGCUCCACCCAGAGUUCGUCCUACACCUGCUUCUGUCUGCCACAGUUCAGCGGACUCAACUGUGAGCUUGAGUUCCUGGCCGUCCCCAACACCUGCCUGCUGGAGAACGGAGGCUGUGAACAUUUCUGUGAUGAAGACAAAGAAGCACAAAGAGUUAACUGCUCGUGUGCAGACGGCUACUUCCUGGAUGCUGACGGGCAGAGCUGCGUAGCGAUAGGGUCGAUAGCGUGCGGCAUGGUGCCCGUCCUCCAGGAUAAAAACAAAGCCCACCAGCUGGACUCUCGAGCUCGAAUCGUUGGAGGGACAGAGUGUCCCAAAGGUGAAUGUCCCUGGCAGGUUUUGCUGAUGUUCAAAGACAAAGGUUUCUGUGGAGGAGUGAUUUAUAAACCCACGUGGAUCCUCACAGCGUCUCACUGUAUGGAGAACACAGACAUCCGGUUCCUGAAGGUGGUCGCAGGUGAACACAACACAGGUGUGAAGGAGGGCACGGAGCAGGUCAUCCAUGUGUCUGAGAUCAUCAUGCACGAGAAUUACGUGAUGCAAACCGCCGACAACGACAUCGCCCUCCUUCGCCUGGCGUCACCCAUCACCUACACACAGUACGCCGUCCCAGUGUGCCUGCCGACUCGCCGCCUGGCUGAGCUCGACCUCUGGGCCAUCAAUCUGCACACGGUGAGCGGCUGGGGGAGGAGGGGCGAGAAUGGACCCACCUCGCACCUCCUGCGACGCCUGAAGGUGCCACGGAUCCGGACGCAGCAGUGCAUGGCAGAAAGUGGCGUGGUGCUCACCAAGAACAUGUUCUGUGCCGGGUACAUCGAGGGCCGGCAGGACUCGUGUAAAGGCGACAGCGGCGGGCCCUUGGUGACGAAGUACAAGAACACCACGUUCCUGCUGGGCAUCGUCAGCUGGGGGAAGGGCUGCGCCCGACCGGGCAACUAUGGCAUCUACACCCGGGUGUCCAACUACCUGGAGUGGAUUCACAACCGAACGGCGACGACAGAUCGUCCGAAAAACCUCACAGAGGCUCUGACUCACAACCUGACCACCUGA